UUAACCCUUCUUUUACCAUCUCCUCUCCAUCUCCAUCUCCAUCUCCAUCUCUCUGCAACUUCAUUCUCGAAAAUGGUGUCUUCAACAACAGAAGAAACCGGGUUGAUCUCCAACAUAAGGCUCUCCUCUGUGGGUACGAGCACGGUGACGGCGCCGGACGUUGUGCAGGAGGCGGACGGCGUGGACUUGGCCAUGAAGCUUCACUACAUAAAAAGUGUUUACAUAUUCGACAAGGAAGCAGGUGAGGGUCUGACAAUUAUGCGGGUUAAGGAGUCCUUGUUCUACCUGCUCAAUGACUUUUAUGUCAUCUGUGGCCGGUUCCGGCUGUCGGAGUCCGGCCGGCCUUAUAUAAAGUGUAAUGACUGCGGGGUGAGGUUCGUGGAGGCUGACUGUGAGAAGACGGUGGAGGAGUGGCUAGCCAUGAAAGAUCAGGCUGAGCUUCAUGAUCAUCUGGUUUACUAUCGACCCAUCGGUCCAGAAAUCUCCUUCUCUCCACUCGUUCACAUGCAGCUGACCCGAUUCAAAUGCGGAGGUGCAGCGGUGGGUCUAAAUUGGAUACACGUCUUGGGAGAUCAAUCUGCCUCUGCAUAUUUCCUCAACAAAUGGGGCUCCGUUUUGGCCGGACUCCGAGCCGGAAACCCACCACCAACUCCUGUUUCACUACCACCAAUCAAGAAGCUCCAAAGAUCCGAAAACCCACCACCCGUUGACAAACAACCAAUUUCUCUUAAACGGGUUGACCCGGUUGGAGAUAUUUGGGAAUUACCCGGUAACUCCAAAAUGGGUAAAUUUUCAUUCCACCUGUCGCCCUCCCACCUCUCCCGUUUACAAUCACAGGUAUGCCGCGACAGUAAAAUCCCAGAGUUCGAGUCAGUCUGUGCAAUUAUUUGGCAAUCCAUCGCCAAUAUUUCUUCACAAGAAUCCCAACCCAGAAAAGUGACCUUGUUCAAAACUCUUCCUUUUGACCCGAAAACCUCUAUUUUGGGUAAUAACCAAAUCAUCAGUGCAAUUGAAGUUGAUUUCUCGAUUCCGACUGCACAUUUGAAAAACCUAGCAGAGUCGUUACUGAAUGAAGCCACAGACGAGAGAGAUGGAAUUAAAUCAGUGGUUGAAGCAGAUAUUGAAACAUCAGAUUUUAUAAUUUACGGGGCAAAUUUAACUUUGGUGAAUUUGGAGAACGCAAACGUCUACGGGUUGAAAUUGAACGAGCAAUCGCCGAAGCUUGUGUACUACAAUGUCGAAGGUGUCGGAGAUGGAGGAGUAGUAUUGGUACUUCCCGUAGAAGAAGAUUCUUCAAGAGGCAUGUUUGUAACUGUAACUAUGCUCAAAGAUCAAAUGUCAAGCCUUAAAAAUGAGUUGACAAAUAGAGGUGUUUUGUUGAAUAGUGAGUGAGUGUUCUGUUAAUAGUAGAUGGGUUUAUGUAAUGACUAUCUCUCUAUAUUGUAACUUGUAACUUGUCUUAUGAAGGAAUAAGGAAGG